AUGGUCAAGACUUCCGUCCUCAACGAUGCGCUCAACGCCAUGAACAACGCCGAGAAGGCCGGCAAGCGCCAGGUCCUCAUCCGUCCUUCCUCCAAGGUCAUCGUCAAGUUCCUUGCUGUCAUGCAGAAGCACGUUUUGUCACAAGCCAUUCGGGCUGAUAACUAG